AAUGCGGCACUUUGGAUUAUCACUUCACAGUUUGAAUUCCCAUCUGGAGACCUUGGAAACUCUUGGAACAUUGCGCUCCAGCCGGUGGAGCAAGCAGUGGAGGAACAGGCUUCACUGCAGGCUACCUGGAGGAAUUUUUUUGGAGUGAUCCGAGGCGCAUUGCAAGUUCACAAUCGCGACUCUACUAUCUUCUUGUUGCUGCAGGAGCAAGCAUAUCCGACACCAUGUCUACUUCUCGCGACGAUCGGUACAAGCACUCAGAUCGCAGCAAUUCAACCACCCUUGGCCAAGACGGCCCAACUGAUCCAAAUGGAGUGAGCACGAGAGUCGAAGAAAUAGAAUCUUCUAACAGCUAUGGAGGCAAGACGAUCAAGACCACUUACUACAGGCUAAGUGGCACUCAGCAGGUGCAGUCUGGUGGCUUGAUUGUUUAUAAGGACAAAAACGGCAAAGUGAUGAAACGGACUAACUUUUGACGGUAAAGGAAAUUCAGUGUCAACAUGUGACAGUUGACACAAGCAGAUGUAUUACCACGUGGUGGCUUCGGUUCCAUGAAACUGUGUCUAAUGACAGCUGAUCCUGAAGCACCGUAAAAUCUGAGAAAGUUUGCUGUAACGAGACGAGGAAUCUUUGCUAAUGAUGAGAAACUACCGAUGGAAAAGUUUGUGGACGCUCCAAUAGCGUUCACGUACAUCGGCGGUGGAGAAAAUAAGAUGAUCAUAAGCCAAAACGAUGAUAAGCAUCUUACACGAUGCUUAUCAUCGUGUAGGAUGAUGGGUACACUGUGAUGGAAUUUAAGUAACUUCAUGUUUGAACUGUUUUGUGGUUUGGCAGCCUUGCUUUGCAGAUGUGAUAAUAUUGUUGUAAUUUUAUCCUUCAACAGUUAGGUUGGUGCACCAUUUGGUCAGAUUACAAUGUCUAUAAUUUUUAGGGUUUAGAUAGGU